AUGUUAAUAAAUGGAUUUCUUUUGGCGAGUGAAAGUACAGAAGCAGCAGAAAUAUAUGCUGGUACUGAAAUUUCGAAUAUCAAUGCAAGUCCCAAUUGGAAAUCUAUUAUUUUUGAAAUUGAUAUUAAUACAACAAUCUCUUCAUUAACUGUCGUAGCUGAUAUUGCUAUUCAUAGUCCAUUUUCAGAUGAACAAGAAUAUCUAUUUGAUUUAGGAAUAAUAUUUGAAAUACAAAAUAUUUUCUAUGAUCAAAAUAAAAAAUGUUGGAUAUGUAGAAUGACAUCAUCCGACAAAGGAUUAGCAAUUGCAAAAGACUAUGUAAAACAUCAAACAAAUGAAAUGAGCAAUAAUAAUUCAGAUAUUUCUAUUUUAUUUGAUGAUCUGAUAUAA